UUGAACAACUACCCUAGUCAGUCUCUAUCUGCCUUUGUACUUCACUCGUUCCCAUUCCUCUUGUGUGCAUCUUUCAUUUCAUUCCAUCCCUCUUGCUCUCCCCUCUGCCCCACCAGCGGACUCUCGGCCUCUCUCAAACAGUCGGUGUCUUGUGGGUGAUGUCAUCUUUGUCAAGAGUCGAGUGAAACAAAUACGGGCCACGGGCAGUUGACGAAAUACGACUCGUUGGCCCGUUUUUUCACGUUCAAUUGUGCACUGUGAACUGUUAUGUACGUCACCGAGUUAUUUGACGUAGGAAUCACUGAUUAUUCAUUGAUUUCGAGAGCCAUAAGGUCCGUGAAUAAAGGGUUUUUUGUGCUCUACCCUCUUAUUGACUCGUGCUGGAGAGUGAUAAUUGACCGGCUCUAAUCAGCAGUAUAAACUCAUUCACGUCUUGGAUAUGUCAGGAUCGUAGACUCGGACCGCAGAAUGGCGCUUCUGAAGAUGAAUUCCAAGAAGUGGGUAUCGGUCUCGGGUUUUUCCUCUCUACUUCCGGAUGACAGGCCAAUAACGGCAAUCAGUGUUGUCGAGGAUAUCGAGAAAUGUCCGCCAAAUUUCACUGUUGUGUCGAAAACCUACGAUCAAGAUAUUGACGCUGAUCUCUGGCGUGAGAGUGGUCUCUUCAUUCGAAGAAAAGGCAGAUACAUAUGUCACUCGAAAACCGAAGGAGUACCGAACUACGUUGUUCAGGAAAUAACGGUUAUCAAUGAGAGAGAAACACCACCAGAUGGCUUCAGCAUGAUUCCCCAGACCAUAGACACCGACCAAAAGGCAUGGAGGAAGAGACAGGUGUGCUACAAGCUGAGGAAUAGGGAUGCUUGCUCAACUGCUGUGACGGAUAUCAUCGUGUGCAGUCGAAUGAAGAAAGGACCCACUGGCUUCACUUAUGCGGGAGAGAUCAAUGGUGUCGUAAUCUGCUACAAGACUAGCCAAAUAGUUAAUGGCGACUCCAGUUCGCAGUCUUACGAAAAUAUAAAUGUAUUACAAAACGUAUCGCCAAAUCCAUCAAACGGAGUGCCUCACCGAGUGCCCCCAGAGCGACCGCCGAAGCCAAAAUUCUCCCCCAAACCACAGAAUGGAAUCUAUCCACAGGUGCCAGCAGCUACAACAAUAAAAAAAGAUAUUGACGAAUCGUUGGACCGUGACUACGAAGUGCUCAGUCCAAGUGCGAGAAUCAAACCCACUAGACCAGCACCUCAACCUCCAGUGUCUUCCCAACUGGGCUCUGUGCCCAUGUAUGGCACACUGCCAGGAUCAUCUGAUCUUGAUGGUGUUCCCUUUGUGCUCAAUCCUCUUCUGAGCCUCCAGAGUGACUCCGGAUUUAAAAUUCCUGUAAUUAAAGUGCGCACUCGUCGAGAAUUAGAUAAAGAGUAUUAUUACGACUUUCGUGCAGAACGAGAGACCUAAGGAACUCGCAGGUCGAUAAUCGUGCCAAACGAAUUGUACGAAGUACCAUACUACUUAUAAUCAACAGUUAUAAUCCCCACGUUUUGUAUCCAUAAGAGUAUAGCGUUUUAACCAAUACGAGUGUAAUAGAGUGCCUGACUGAGUGAUUCAUAUUAAUCAAGUGAGAAUACUGUGACACCUCGCAAGCCCAUAAGGUGAACAAAAAAAAAUCAUUGAUAAAUUCAGUAAUGAAGCCAUGAAACAGAAUCAAUCAAUUUAAAUUUAAAAAUUAAGUGUUCUCUAAAAUGAAAUUGAUUUUUCCUGUUUUACCCCUUCAUUGCUGACCUAGUGUCAUUCUAAGGGAAGUAGGAGACCGAUUGUUUCAUUAAAAAAUCAUCCGCUCCACUUACACCUCAUAUCUUCCAUAAACAACACUUUAUAUCGUCUAGGCGUUGGCUAUGUCCCUAGACUAAUCAAUACGAGUAUUGUAUUUUUAUAGAGUUUGGUUGUAUUUUUUUCUAUAGUAGUUAUUAAGUGUUUCAUAUGUGACUGUAUGAUACGUACUAGUUGCUUAUAAAUUAAAAUAACAAGUUUAAUAUUAUUGCACAGGUCACUGAUUCAGUCGAAACAAAGAAACAUCACGUGAAUAAAUUUCUUUUUUCAAA